AUGAUAAGGAAGGUCUACGCCCGCAGCAUGGUGGAAAAGCAUCUUAGACCCAAGUUCGAACCCAAAAUCACCUAUGGAGUCGAAGAGGUCGAACGCUCCCAUCACGAUGACGCUUUGGUGAUCUCCAUCCCGAUCGCCAAUGCUUGGGUGAAAAGAGUGAUGGUCGACACCGGGAGCUCUGUCGACAUACUAUACCUCGACGCCUUCAUGGGGGAUUCCAUCUCCCCACUCGAGACCACCAUCCUCCCCAUUACCAUCAGGGAAGAAUCGAGGGCCAAGACAAUGAUGACUACCUUCAUGGUAGUCAACCUUCCCUCGGCCUACAACGUCAUCCUCGGUCGCCCGACACUCAACAAACUAAAAGCGAUGGUUUCCACUUAUCACUGGGCUGUCAAAUUUCUGACUUCAGUAGGGAUCGGGGAAUCCCGAAGCGAUCCUAGAGAGUCAAGGCGGUGCUACUUUACAGUAGUCACCCUUCCGAGAAGUCGCGACCCCAGUAAGCCUCGGAUCCCCAUGAGGAAGCCAGGACACUGA